AUGUAUAAUUCUGAAUACAGCAGGCUCCAGACCUUCAUCUUAUUCCCAGGGUGGCUCGCGGGCCAGCCGGUGCUGCCGCGGCCCUAUGCCUCAGCCUCUGCGCCCUUGUUCAAAAUCGAAGCGCCCUUCGAAGAAGCAUGGGUUCCCGCGCCCAAGCAACUGCAGCAGCACGCAGCCAUCGCUCCCCUGCUGCUGGUGGACAACGACGCGCCCACCUCCCACAAUGAGCUGGGGGAGUUCUGUGAGUCCAUGCUGCUGUCCAUGCAGAUACGCCUCAAGGUUGAUGCGGAGCUGUCCACUUUCCGGCACCUACCCUCUGCCAGCAGCAACCGCUUCGUUGCGCGCCUGUCCAUGGGCCAGAACACCACCGCCCUGUUCAGCGCCGCAGCCUCGGCCACUCCGAGCGGGGCCUGGCAAGCCAGCGGUGCCGCGCCGCAGACGCACAGCAACGGUCCCCAACCGGCCGACCGGCGCUAUGUAAACAGCCUCGACUGGUCCGCACCGCCCUCCAGUUUGCACAUGUCGCCGUCGCAAGCGGCGUCCACGGCAGCCGGCGGUGCGGCUGCGCCGCCACUACUGAAGGUAGCAGCGGCGAUGGCGGCCGGCGCCGGCGGCGGUGGAGACGGCGGUGUACCGCCGCUGCCGCUGACAGCCGAUUGCCCUCCAUUGGUCGCCGCGGCUACGCCCGUUCACCCUCCGUAUCCCAUUCACCCAUUCCUGCCCCCGCACCUCCAGCACCUGCUCCCCGCCGCCGCACGCCACUCCAACGCCGCCCCGCGGCGCAGCAACAGCAUGAACCGUGCUGCCAGCGGCCGCGGCGUCAAGCCGCGCACUGGCGGUCCACGAGUGCUCCAGGCCACCGAGCUGACCCACGGCCCCCUCGGCAGUCUGGCUGGAGGAACCUCCACACUGCCUAGCAGCGCCGAGGGGCCCAGCGUGGGUAACGGCGCCGCCGCCAGCGACCUAGGGUCUGGCCCCGGCGGCGGGCAAAAUACGCCAGCACAAUUGGUUUCGGAUGAGCGUACGGGAGGCACUGGCGGAGUUGUGGCAGGGUUGUGGCAGGAGCAGGACCUGGCGCAGCUGCCGCUGGAGCCGGCGGUGGACGUAGCGACGGGAGCGACGUACCUGUCCCCGAUAGUCACACCACCGCCGCGUGGUGGCGGCGGUAGCGCUGCUGCCGCCAAUGGCGCUGCAACUGCCGAGCGAGUCGCCCCUUACGCUAGCGCGCACCCACCCAGCGGCGCCAGCGGCGGGCGCAUACUGCGUCCCAUUCCCGAGGCUGACACCGCCAGCCGCCUGGACCUGCACAAGGAAGGAUUGGGCCCAGCGGCGGCGGCGGCGGCGGCGGCAGCAGUGGUGACGAGGCCGCCGACUUCCUCCACAGCCGCCGCAUUGCUCUCACCGCCCUGGUCCCUGGUGGAUCGGUCACCCUCACAGGGCCAAGUCCUGAUCUUGAACCCGCACCACCAGCAGCUCCUCGUUCAGCACGAUCAGCAACCCGCUCACCAGCAGGCACAGCAGCAGCACCAGGCCCGCGAACAGCAGCCGCAGCCGCAGCCGCAACGCUCCGGGACGCAGCGUAAGGGUACCCAGCGCCAUCCGGGGGGCUCCAGCGCCGCCGGCAGCAGCAACCUGACGCCAUCGCCGCGUUCCGCGUCAUGGUACGGCGGCGCGCCUGCCGUACACCCGGACCCCACACGUGUGGUGCCGGAGGUGCCUGUGGAAAUGCGGUUGUGCCGCGUGGCUGCUGAGCUGCUCGAAGGACUGUCGGAGAUCCGGCCGCUGUCGACCGAGGGGUUAGCUCCUGAGCAACUCGACGGCAACGGGGCGGCCACGCCGCAGCAGCAGCCGCCUCCGCCGCCCCUCCGUGUCGCAGCGCGCGCGGGUGGUGGCUCCGCCGCCGGGAACCCGAACGCGGUGAAGGCUGGCUGGCUGCCUGAGUCGUCAGCUCUGGCUCCUCCUGUGGCUGGUGUGGGAGGAGAUGGUGGUGGAGGAGGUCGCUGGCAGGGUCAGCCGGUGGCGGUGAAGCUGGUGGUGGGAAACCAGCUAGAGCACCGCAACGGAGCUCUAUUGUCGGUGCUAGGGGCGGCGACAGCAGUACAUUCGGGUCUUGUACGGGUGUACGGCAUCAGGCUGUUGCCCGCCACCUCCGUGGGUGCGGUGGAGUGCCGCGGCUUGUUCAAGGCUGCAGCGGCGACGGGCGAGGCGGUGGCGGCGGCUGUAGCUGCUUUGGGGCUGCAACCUGGGGAGGGGGUGCUGGUGGUCAUCAUGGAGCUGUGCGUCAUGGGUUCCCUGGGUCCGCUCACCCUCGCCGCAUACUCCCCCUUCCGCCCCAACCGCUGCUGGCCCGCCUACAUGGCUCGACGAGCCCUCCUGUGCACCGCCCUGGAGGUGGCGGGCGCACUGGCGCACCUGCACCGCUUCGGACUGACCCACGGGGCGCUGAGACCCAACAAUGUGCUGCUGGUGCCCGCACUGCAGGACAAGAGGAAGUUCUGUGUGAAGGUGGCCGACGACCUCCUCUUCCUGGCUCCGGAGGCGCUCACUCAGAGUGAGCCGGGGCGGCUGAUGGCCAGUCAGCCCGCGGACGUGUUCUCCUUCGGGAUAUUGCUGUGGUCGCUGGCGGCCGCUCAGACCAGCUGGCCGCCGGAGCUGCUGCUGAUGGACCUCCAGGGGGGCCCAGGGGGAGGAGGAGGGGGAGGGGCUGGCCCCGCGGCGGCAGCAGUGGCAGCAACGCUCCAGGAGCUGUACGAGGCGUGUGUCAGCUCCGCACCCGAACAGCGACCCAGCAUGGACCAGGUGGUUUCGGAGCUGCGGCUGCUAGACGAGGGGCUCCGUAAUGAGCGACCCAAGGGUCGGGCAGCAGCCGCAGCCGGGUAUGCGGCCCUGGCUGCUGCGGGUAUGUCCCGGGGGGGAGCCUCCGGGUGCUACAUGCCCGGGUUCCUCCUGUGA